AUGCCCAGAAACACCAAUUUCCUUCACUCAAGCGAACCGCUCCGGAACGAUGACUCACUUGUCUUGCAGUCAAAGCAUACGACUGGAGCACUGUCCUUCCUGCAUCCUACACAUGCAGUGUUCCGUCAUCGAGUCCUCCGGACGACUGAGAAGUCACUUUCAACCAACGAGAGCGAUGAUUCCAAGGCAGCUCUGGAAGCGCACACAAUAGCUUCCUCGAACGAACAACUCGCACAUGACGUUCACUUCGCGUGGAGAUCAAGGGACAAUCGUAAGGGCCGUCAUCUCCUCCAAUACAAGCCGGCCGUCCAGGGGGACUCUACCUCGCCGCUAUACAUUGUACCGGAGAAGAGUGCAAGUGUCACCGAGACGUUGAAGGGGAUCAAGUGCAUGUUAACCUGCUUUCGCUACUGGGACAUUUCGUACCUUGUGGCGAUCACUUUCUUCAUCGCCUCAGCUACCUGGAUCCUGAACUCAUUCUUCCUGUGGCUUCCGCUUGAGGUUCCUGAGAGCACAUUCUCCGGAGAGAUCGUCGUUGGUGGUGGAAUAUCUGCCUUCGUGGGUGCGACUUUGUUCCAGCUUGGCUCGAUCCUUCUGAUGAUCGAAGCAUUCAACGCCGAAAGAGUCGGCUGUUUCGGAUGGCAGAUCGAGAAACUUGUCUCCAAACAGAGCGAGCGGGACAUGGUCCGCAUAUCUCCUAAUCUCCAGCACUGUGUCCACCACCACAAUGAUAAAUCAGGUAUCGGAAAGGGACGCGGCGACGGCCAAGAAUGGCAGUGGUUUCCCAGCUGGAACACCAUCCGUUCCCAUUGCUUAAGAGAGCUCGGCUUCCUUGCGAGCUUUGCCAUGUUUUGUGGCACCACCAUCUUCUGGAUCAGCGGCUUUGUUGCCCUUCCAGGAGUCAUUGACCACAUGAGCCAGGGUACUCUGAACGGAUUGUAUUGGGUUCCGCAGAUCGUCGGCUCACUAGGCUUCACCGUUAGUGGUUUCUUGUACAUGCUUGAGACACAGCCGAAUUGGUUCACUCCUUCUCCACACGUCCUAGGAUGGCACGUCGGCCUCUGGAAUGGCAUAGGCGGAAUCGGUUUUGUUUUGUGCGGCUCCCUUGGCCCAGCGUACGGCAAUUCUGGUGCACAGUACCAGUCCGCGCUGGCCAAUUUCUGGGGCGGUUGGGCCUUCUUGAUCGGAAGUACAUUGCAGUGGUAUGAAAGCUUGGACAAGAAUCCCGUGGAGGAGCAGUAA